GUUAGGCAGCUGUUCCAAGAUGAAAUGUUUCGACUACUGCAGCUCCAGCAGAUCAACUUCAUGAGCUUGAUGCAAGUUGUGGGGUCUUCCUUUGCUGCUCUGCCAGCCAUACAGCAGAUCAUGCAGCAUACAGCACAGAUGACAGGGAAUCUGGUGACCAUCCCUACAGUGGGACAGGCUCCUCUUCAGGCCAUUCCACCAGCUCCAGAGAUUAAUACUAAUCUGCAGACACAGAGGGCUGAUGUGGAGAAAGCAGUGAAGAUGGGAACAGAUGAAGCUGCUGAGACAAAGCCUGUCAAUCACCUAGGCAAUAAAGAGAAUCUGCAGAGACCCCCCGAGAUUAACAUACCUUCAAGCCAGGUUAAUGAAAGCGAAAGGAUUCCAGCAAAUAUGGGAUUAUUAAGUACUGCUCCUCAUGGAAUCCUGCCUUUAAUUACUCCUGCAUCAAACCAGCAAAAGACCCUGAAUCUCCACCCACCCCCAGGAACAAAUAACUUCAAUGGAUUUCCACUACUUAAACUACACACAGCACCCACUCUAAUGUCAUUAAACUUGCUAUCUGGAGCACAAAGUUACUCAAGACUUAAAGAUCGUCCUCCACUUAGGGAGGCAUGGGGGCCAUCAAUUAGGCAACCCAGUGAUCAGUCAUCCAGUGACUUAAACCAGUCUCCAUCCUAUAUUAGCAGUUCCACCACUAAAGCCAGCAAAAGGACAGAGAAGGCAACAAAAUGGGCUCAGCCUGUGGUAAAAAGACACUCAAAACAUUCAGUUGGUAACUUGUCUAAGCAAAAUGUUCCUGUUGGCCAACCAUUCCUGAAAUCAGAGGAAAACAGAUGGAGACCUGAAGAAAGAUUGCUAGAAACAUCACAGAACAAUGCAGGAAUGCCCUUAUUACGUCUGCGUACCGACCCGGCAAUGUAUCUCCCAUCCAUGCCACAUCCCAGCUUUACUGUAUCAGUGGCGACACCUCACGCAGGGAUAUCUGACCAAUCAAAGGGUCCACCAGUGGCUGGAUUUACUCUACUGAAGGCCAGUUUACCCCAACAGAUUCAGAGUCUACAGAUCAGUCCCACUCCUAGGCUCAUCCCCCUGCAGAACCUGAUUGCGUUUGAACGAGAUGCAGCACAAAGAGGUGAACCAGAAAGUUUUCAGCUGCUAAAAGCCAACAUUCAUCCUUUUGAAGAAGUGGGGAAUGAUGGAGACAGUAUUAAAAGACAAAAGAGGCGAACUCUGAAAGAAAAAGGCGAGAAGAAAGAAAAGAAAACAUCUGUUACAUUUCGUCCAGAAGACUCAAUCAUCAUUCCAAAUAACUUUGAUGAAGUUGUGGAAAAAAGAGAAAGAACUUCAUCAUAAACCUAAUUUAAUGGAGAGCAAUGAAUUUGUACUUCCAUUAGGCACAUUUGAAACGGAGUUGACAGAUCAGAUCCCAGGCCCUCUGCUUCCAACUAUGGCAGAAUUACAUUAUUUGGCUUCCUUAACUAAAAGACCACCUGCCGUUCAUGAUGCCAGCACCAACACAGCCUUUGCCUCCAAGUCACUUAUGAACGUGGGAACAAGCUGUGAAACAUUUCCUAGCAGUCCUGUUUUGGCAUUUACUCCUGCUUCAGGAUCAGGAGAUGAUCUAAUGUCUAUGGGACACCAACAGACACCACUGAACAGAGUUGUAAAGGAGCCAACAAGUAAAGAUGGUCUUUCAGCUGACCACCCCCUGCACUUGCCUCCAGUGCUCUUUUUAAACCUUCCAUAUGAUGAUCAGCAGGAGAUGAUGUUUCAGAAGGAAGACACUGCCCCCACACAUGAUGAAGAAAAUUUGUUAACUGUAAUGGACUUGGAUGAAGAAGAAUUUUUGCAACAAAUCCCAGGGAUUUAUUCAUCAGAUAUACUUCAGAGCCAACCAAGGUUAGAGGAUGGCCACCCCGCCACUGUAAAUGGUGUUUUACAGCCAGAGUGGACUGAAGAAUCUUUUCCAAGAGUUUGGACACCUAGGGACAUAGAAAACAAUGACGCAUUCUGUAGACUGAAAGAGAUGGAUGUCCAGCUAAGAGCCUUGCAGAAUAUGGCAGAGAGCAUGGAUAGAGACUUUGUCAAUACCGAACUGCUGGUCAAUACGAUAGAAAAUCUGGCAACUGCAAUGGACCAGACCCUAAAGAAGUCCAUCGUUUUAGAGAGCCUGCUUUCCCAGGAAGUGGACUGACUCCCAAUGAGAUGGUAUUGGAGGAGCUGGCUGAGGAAGAGGAGUUUACACUGCCCAACCCCCGAACUAUUAGGUUACAUAAACAACCUCUAGAGGUCUUUAUCAAUGCAAAACCCGACACUCGUCCUCAAACAGAUCAUCAGCAAUACAAAUGCAACAUAAAGAAAAGUACUGUAAGUGAGCAGCUCCAGAUGACCGGGCUCAGCGACAUUGCCGACAUUCUGACUGAUCUCAUAGAUGGAGGGGUGUCUGCUUCAGAACUUGGACUGACUGAAACACAAGCACAGGCCAUUUCCACGAAAAGGAGUCAAAAUACUUCAAAGAAAAGCCAGAAGGACAGAGCAGAGCUGCGGAUGUGGAUGAAGAAGAAACAGAGGGAGCGCCUGGCAGAAUACAGGAAGAAGUUGGAAGAAUUGAGAGAGAGAGAACACAAGCCAUUCCAUCCACACCACCAAGCUAACACGUUGGUUUCCUCAAAAUCAAUAUGGCAAACCCAGAGAUUGAAAAAUGAGAAGGACCGGAUGCUUCUGUCCGAGCACCACAGUCACCGCGUAUCAGACGCCAUGAGCCUCAUGCAGGAGAUGUUAUCGGAUUCCCCUCAGAUACCAGCUGGGAGCACCAAACCCAUCAGGUCCCAGACGUCUCUGUCCAGGCAGCGGAUAACCCAGCCUUCCUCUACAAGAUCUCGCACUGCGGUUCACAGCUUGUCCACUGCCCAUACUGAGAAAAGUCGGUCAGCCUCCAGAGCUGGGGUACUACAGCCGAGGUUCAUAUCUUCUCCUUUACGGACACAGACCCAAGGAACAGCGACAUUUGUCCUUCCAAAGAGUGUGUCCGAACCCAUACUCCGACCUCGCAGUGUGCCUAGCUACGCUGUUAACAGACGAUACGAUCCAACCCUACCGGGAGACCGCAUCUCUCAGAUCACUCGCCGGGGGAUGCUCACUGGAAGAAGCAGGACUAAUCCUCAAUAGUAAAGCUAAAAAAUCAAUUCUUAAAACCACAACAAAGCUGCUUAAGCCACAACACCAAGGUAAAGGCUGA